CGAAGAGGAGCAACUCAGCCGCACCCAAGGAGCUGGAUAUUGUUUUUAACCGCUAUUGGCUGUCAUGACUUUGAGGACGCGUUGGAUUCAAAGGCUCAUCCUUUUGUGUUGCGUGCAUACUUGCCUGUCGCAAAUAGAAGAGAGAGGCUUCACCGGUAUAGAGACCAAAGAGGGGGUGUCGGUCAGCUCCCAAGCCAAAAAAGUCCUGAGCAGUUAUCUUACAACCAUCUUCCUGCCAAUCAUCUACAUCUUCGUGUUUGUUGUGGGUCUGCCCACCAACGCCAUGGCAAUCUGGGUUUUCCUCUUCAGGACCAAAAAAAAGCACCCAGCAUCGAUUUACAUGGCAAACUUGGCUCUGGCUGACCUGCUCUUUGUCAUCUGGGUCCCCGUAAAAAUAGCCUACCACAUCAACGGCAACAACUGGAUCUACGGAGAGGGGUUGUGCAAAGUGAUGGUGGCAUUUUUCUACGCCAACAUGUACUGCUCCAUCUCCUUCAUCACCUGUAUAAGUGUUCAGCGUUACUGGGCUGUGGUUCACCCGCUCACCCAUCAGAAAGACAACCGUGUAGCUUUUGCCAUCUCCAUCACAGUCUGGGUGGUGGUCUGGCUUCUCACGAUCCCUCUCUACCUGUAUGAUCAACAGGUCCGUGCGACAAACCUCAACAUUGUCACCUGCCAUGACAUCACGAGGCCCAGUCAGAAGAAAAUAGCAGCGGGCUACUUCCUGACAAUGGGAACUUUGGGUUUUAUUGUUCCAACGGUUGUGUGCAUCGUAUCCUACAUCCUCAUGCUCAAGGCUCUCAGAAACAGCAUGGUGGAUCCAGCCAUUGCCAAGAAGCGGCGAAAGGCUGUGGUCUUGAUCGUCACCGUGUUGGUGAUGUUUUUAGUGUGCUUCACCCCCAGUAAUAUCAUGUUGCUGGUGCACUACAUCCUCCUCCUGGCUCAGGCUCCCAACAACUUGUAUGGAUUUUACAUCACCACCCUGUGCUUGGCGAGUCUCAACAGCUGUAUUGACCCUUUUGUCUACUACUUCAUCUCUGAGGACUUUAGGGAGCAUGUGAAGAACACGUUCCUCUGCAGGAGUGAGCGGACGGUGGAGAGGAUGAGGAUCUCCUUUAGUGCUCUGAAGUUCUCCAAGAAGAGCAACACAUAUACAACUGAAACAGGGAACACUCAGAGCACUGAGUGUGUUGCUUAAAAAGCUAAUUACUGAUCAUUAAACUUCCCUCAGGCAUAAAAUAAUUUUCAAAUCUGCUGUGACUUAUGUGAGGAAAGUUAGGAGGGCCAUCUGUGGCAAAUACCACCUAGAAGCUUUGAGCUGUCUAAGUUACUGCUUUUUUAUUUUUGUGGAAAAAUGUUUAUAUAUAUCUUUUGAUAAUAUAACUUUUAUUUAAUGCACUUUGGUUGAUGCAGUCUGCUGCAGUUCAGUUUCAUUUCACUGUGAUGAAUGGUCAUUUUUAAUGUGUUAGAUCUUUCAGUCCACGCUGCCAUUCUGUCAGCUUUUUGAUGUGCCAGAAAGCUAGAGACCUAAAAUGAGCAGCCAUUUAGCAUGUUGUGUGAUACAUGAUACAAGCUUUACAUAUGUGUGUGUGUGUGUGUGUGUGUGUGUAUGUGUGUGUGUAUAUGUAUGUAUGUAUGUAUAUAUAGAUAGAUAGAUAGAUAGAUAUAGUAUAUUUUCAGUUGUAUUUUUUACUCAUUUAACUACAUUUUUGAGUUUGUCAAAAGUAACAAUUUUUCCCGACACACUAUCUGCAGGUCUUAUUUUUUAUUUACCAGAUAUACUUUUUUCUUUUUGUCUGUUGUACACCUCUAAACCGAAAGUGGGAUUGUUGUGACAGUGGAUUGUGCUACAAGAGGCUGUUUAAUCCCUUUUUAUGUAGUUUCAUUCAGCACCAUCAGACCUGCAGCAAACACUCCUGCAGCUGCAGCAGUUAGUUCAUCCUCUCAUAAUGGGCAAGUGUUGCCUUUAGCAAAGAAUUAAUAAAUUAAUAAUUUUUAAUUGGUUAAUCCGUUUAUUUAAUAAUGCCACUUAUCGAGAUCCACAUUGUCGCAAUUUUAACUUAUUAUAUGAUUAGGAAUUAUUGUUAUAUACUGAAAAAAGUGUGAUAUAGUAAUAAAUCUUUUUAUGCCAAGAGAGAGACCACAUGAUCUAACAGGGUGUGUGUGGGAGAAACAGUCAUGAAAAGACAAAUAUGAUCUGUACAAACUUGUUACAGAGGACAUUUAGUUUCAUAACAUUCAUUUUAUUUUUUACAUCUAUAGUGCCCCUCUGUGUGAGUUCUGUAGUCAAAAGUUGAAAAUAGAACUGAAAUAAUAAAUAAGAGAAAUAAUCAGUAAUAACUGAUUAAUUGUUUCUAUUGUUUUUCAAGUAACAAUACCAGUAAUGUUAUGGUUACAGAGAAUUUGCUGUUUUUCUAUGCCUAUAUUAAAGUGAACUGAAUGUAUUUGCGUUUGGUACUUUUGGUUGGACAAAAUUAGACACUUUUUCACUGUUUUGUGAUGUUUAAAGAAACCAAUCAGAUUUAUUAAUA